AUUUGCUAUAGAGCUUAUCUUCUACAACGGGAGUGGCAAUACUGUGUAGUAUGUUAUCUUAAUUUUGUGAAAUACAGUGGUUAAUAUUUUAAGACGAAUUAUUGCAAAAUUAAUUAGGCAAGGCUAAAAUAUAUCUAAAAUAUUGUGUUUAUUAUUAGCUAUUCAGCAUUAAAUAACUGCGUUAAUUUAUUAUUUCUCAUUGACGGAACCGUUGUUGCUGAGUGCGAUUGACUAACACUACUGUUGACCGUAUUUGACAACAAACUCAUUAUCUUCUAAAAAUGGUUGUCAAAAUUUAUGUAUCUGGAAUCAGUGGCAAUAAAGAAGUGAAAAAAAGGCAACAGAGAGUAUUGAUGAUUCUGGAUAGUAAGAAUGUAGCGUACGAAGUUAUUGAUAUUACUGAACCCGGAAAAGAAGAUGAAAAAGAAUUUAUGCAAACUAUGAGCACUGCAACGGACAGUAAAUAUCCUUUACCUCCUCAAAUAUUCAAUGAAGAUGACUACUGUGGGGAUUAUGAGGGUUUUGACUUGGCUAAUGAAAAUGAUGAAUUGGAACAGUUUCUCAAAUUGUCAAUUUCGAUCAGCACAGCCGAAGUUACUUUGAAUUCCAAGUCACAAAAUAAAGAAGUUCAUCAGAAUGGUAACACAUCUAGUCGAGAGCCAUCCACAGAAAAAGACGAUGCAACAGCAAUAACAGAAAGCAUGGAGGAAAGAAGAACAUCAGUAGUAAAUGAAGAAAGAGCAUCUGGUAAUUCCGAACGUAGAGAUUCAGAAAGCGAAGUAAAAGACAUUUCCGACGAGGAUAUUGAACAUGUCGAAGAGGUUGGAGAAACGAAAGAAGACACGACCGAGGACCAAGAGAGGGAAGAGUAAAUAAAUGAUAUCCUAUUCGGUAAAUUAGGACAUAACCAAAUAAAGGAAUAGCCGAAUAAAAAUUUUAUCGGCAUUUACAGCUGCGUUAAUGACACACAGAUUUAUUUAUACUGUGCGCGCAAAUCUUAUUUGUAAUUUCAAUUCGAACAAAUUUCUUUCAAUAUUUUACAUGUUUUAAAAAAGAUUCUUUUUUCAAGAACAUGUACUUGAAGAUAAAAUAUUUGUAUUUGGUUAAACAUAUCUAGCUUUGAUACAUCGUUAUAGUCAAAUUAAUUAAUUUAUUAAUUCUUAGGAAUAUUUCUGGAUAACAACUUUUUCAAAAUAAAUUUUCUAUACGGAAAUAUUCAUGAGAAUUAAUUAUAUUAUAAAAUUUCUAUUUUCGUCUUUAAGUUUAUUUGUAUACAAAAAUUGACUUUCAAUGAUACGAUUAGGAUUUAAUAAUUUUUAGCAAAAAGUGCAAUUUUUCACAAAUGAUGCUUCGUAAAAUAAAAAGUGUUGAAUACAAUUCAAUUUAAAAAUGUUAUCGAUCUUUUCAAAUAUCCGAUAUGUUUAAAAGAAGUAGAAACUUUCUUCCUAACGUU